GAUCGCCGUCGAGAGUCAGUCGUGUCGGUGCGCGCACCAAGGAGAGAGAAAAGGACGGAAACUACGGUGACGACGAUCGUGAGUGUUGGCAGUCGAAGCAUGGCGGCCCUCAAGCAUAUCACCAGCCUGAGCCGGGCGCUCGCGACGAUGACGUCCGCGUCGCGGCCGUGCCUCCAGCACGCCGCUAGGAAGACCUAUUUCACGUACGUGAACGAGCCGUCUAUGCCGAUCCCGGGCAAGGACACCUGCUGGUUGAAGACCGCCGAUGAGGCCAUCGAGCAGGCUGAGCUCGACUCAGAUCAGAAGGUGUACAUUCAGGGCGCCGCGGCGACGCCCGUUGAAUUGUUGAGAGCGAUGACCGACUACGGUGUACGCUGCGACGUGAGAAACGUCCGUUUAUAUCACAUGCAUCUCGAGGGGGCCGCUCCGUUCACCAAGCCAGAAAACGCAAAACACUUCCGAUCCAUCAGCUUGUUCAUCGGCGGCAACGUGCGGUCGGCGGUGAACGCCGGCACCGCCGACUGCAUUCCCAUCUUCCUGCACGAGAUCCCGCGUCUGUUCAACCAGGGCUACAUCAAACCCGAUCUCUCCCUCAUCCACGUGUCGCCGCCGGACGAUAAGGGCUACUGCUCCCUCGGCACCAGCGUGGACAGCGUUCGGUCCGCCGUGAGUCAUUCCAAACGUAUCGUAGCCUUAGUCAAUAAGCACAUGCCUAGAACCUUCGGUGACGCUAUCAUACACGUCAGCCACUUGGACUUCGCCGUGGAGCAUCACCAGCCGCUGCCGGUGCAUCCGGUGAAGGCGCCCUCGAAGGCCGAGCAGAUGAUCGGCAAGUACAUCGCCGAGAAUCUGGUCGUGGACGGCGCCACGUUGCAGCUGGGCAUCGGCAGCAUACCCGACGCCGUGCUCUCGUUGCUGGGCAAUCACAAGGACCUCGGGAUUCACAGCGAGAUGUUCAGCGACGGCGUGGUCGAUCUCGUGCACAAAGGCUGCAUCACGAACAAUCAGAAGAAGAUGCACAAGGGCAGGAUCGUCGGCUCGUUUUGCGUCGGCUCGGAGAAGCUUUACGACUUCAUGCACAACAACCCCUUCAUAGAGAUGCUGGUAGUGGAUUACGUCAAUGACCUCAGAAUAGUCUCGAAGCAGCCGAAGAUGACAGCUAUAAACUCGUGCAUCGAGGUGGACAUCACCGGUCAGAUCUGCUCGGAUAGUAUCGGUACGAGGAUGUACUCCGGCUUCGGGGGCCAGUUGGAUUUCAUCAUGGGCUCGGCGAUGAGCGAGGAUCAACUGGGGAAGCCGAUCAUAGCGCUCCAAUCAGUCACCGCCAAGGGCCAGAGCAAGAUCCAGCCGGUUCUGACAUUGGGCGCCGGUGUGGUCACAAACAGAGCAGUGGUGCGGUACGUCGUGACGGAGCAGGGUAUCGCCAGCCUGUUCGGCAAGAGCCUGCAGCAGCGGGCGUACGAGAUGAUCAAGGUGGCUCAUCCCGACCACAGGGAGACCCUGGAGAAAUCGGCCUUCGAACGCCUAAAAGUGAUGCCCGCGCCGUAAAUUGAACCAACGCUGAGUCAACACACACACACACCGAAACAUGAUAUUCAAUAGCAUUUUUACGAUCGGUCGUGGUUAUAGUCCCGGGCGUGCUUAACCCGCAUGCCAGAGAGGAGACGAAGUGUCUUCACCUUGUACGAUGUUCGCGCUCUCUUGCCCGAAGACAGUUCGUCUGCCUACUUCGAGAGAUCCUACCUGUGAGUAAAGAGGGGGAGGGGGAGAUCCGGAGAGGCUCGAGGGAGAGCACGAUGCGUACCGGAUCGUGAUUCUAAAAAAAAAAAAUAGUGUUAAAUUUUAACAUUACUUAUGUAAGAGUCGGUAACGCGUUACGCGUGUUUAGACAUUAUGAACCACGCGUGUUUUAUAUAAUACGAUAUUGCAACGGGAGGGGGGGGAGGGCGACGCGUUCGGCGUGUUUGGCGAACACGUGCUCGGACAAGUAGAAAGUGGCGCGCACCGGCGUCGCAUUCCGAGACACGAGACAUUUUUUAUAUAUUAAAAUCCGUCGACGUUCCUUUGUAUAAUUUCCAAUGUUACCGUUGUAGAACGACGAAACCGAAGUACUGUUACGCAAACGAGAAAUAUAAUGAGAACGCUGA